CAAUAGCUGUUUCCCCAACCUCCAGAAAACACUGAAGAAGAAAAGGUUUUCUCUCCUAAACAUCUCGUUACCUGACAAUUAAGAGAUGAAAGCUCUUUUUAUCUGAGAUUGUAAGUGUACACUUACAGUUAGAUUUGCUGAAAUUAAAAGCGCGUUUCUGUGAGGAUUUAAAACUCCUUUCUGCUUUAAACACCGAGGUCAAGGAAGUUAAAUAAAAGUUCAGCAGGAAACAGACGGCACUCUUCCAGGAAGUCUCCAGCUCCUGGUCCUGCUUGCUCACAGGAGAUGAAAACAGAGACUAUACGUGGAGGGACAGAAGGCAGUGUGAAGAAAGAGACCCUGGAGCUGAGCAUCAGUAACCAUGGAAACGGCUUCGACAACACACCUGAAGUUAUCUCCAUUAAAGAGGAGGCUGAUGAUAAAGACUUCCUCUACUGUGAAGUUUGCAAAUCCUUCUUCUUUAAUAAGUGUGAGGUCCAUGGUCCAGCGCUGUUCAUCCUUGAUACUCCUGUUCCUAUGGGGGUCGCUGACCGAGCCAGACAAACUCUUCCUCCUGGACUGGAGAUUCAGAAGUCUGGUAUUCCUGACGCAGGCCUGGGCGUGUUUAAUAAGGGGGAGACUGUUCCAGUAGGAACACAUUUCGGACCCUACCAGGGAGAGCUGGUAGACAGAGAGGAAGCCAUGAACAGUGUCUAUUCUUGGGUGAUAUACACGAGUAUGCAGUGUGAAAAAUACAUAGAUGCUAAGAAAGAGAUGCAUGCUAACUGGAUGAGGUAUGUGAAUUGUGCUCAUAGUGAUGGCGAGCAAAAUCUUGUGGUGUUUCAUUAUCGAGGGGGGAUUCUGUACCGUUGCUGUCGACCCAUUAAUCCAGGACAGGAGCUCUUGGUGUGGUAUGAAGAGAAAUAUGCCAGUGAUGUAGGCCCUACAUUUUCCCACCUCUGGAAUAUAAAGUGCUCUCCCAAUGAAGUAACUGAAGCUCUGUUGAAAAUCUUCUCCUGCUCCUUGUGUUCACUUUCCUAUACAUCUCAAAUGUACCUUGACAAACACAUCAAAAGAUGCCACUACGAGGAAUAUGUGAGACUGCAGAAAUUUGGAGAGAUUAUAUCUGAGGUUCAGAGGCCCACAAAAGGCUCAAAUAGUCAGCAAAUGUCAUCUGUCACUCUUAAUUCAGACACUUCUCCCAGAGAAAUGCAGAAGGAAAUUCACCACUGUGCAGACUGUGGAAAAAGGUUUACUCGACAGGGUAAUCUUCAACGACACCAGCACAUUCACUCAAGAGAGAAACCGUAUAACUGCUCAGAGUGUGGAAAGAGUUUUAAUCGAAAGGAUCAUCUCCAACAACACCAGCGUAUGCACGCAGGAGAGAAGCUGCAUCCCUGUUCAGAGUGUGGAAAGAAUUUUACUGAUCAGAUUCAUCUCCAACAACACCAGCGCAUUCACACAGGAGAGAAGGCAUAUCACUGCUCAGAGUGUGGAAAGAGUUUUACUGAUCAGAGUUCUGUACAGCGACACCAGCGGAUUCACACAGGAGAGAAGCCUUAUCAAUGCUCACAGUGUGGAACGAGGUUUCGUCAUCAGGGUAAUCUUCAACGACAUCAGCGCAUUCACACAGGAGAGAAGCCGUAUCACUGCACACAGUGCGGAAAGAGUUUCUCUCAACAGAGUCAUUUCCAGCAACAUCAGCGCUUUCACACAGGAGAGAAGCCGUAUCACUGCCCACAGUGUGGAAAAAGUUUUACUCAUCAGGAUAAUCUUCAACUACACCAGCGCGUUCACACAGGAGAGAAGCCGUAUCACUGCUUGCAGUGUGGAAAAAGGUUUAGUCAUCAGAGUAAUCUUCAACGACACCAGCGUAUCCACACAGGAGAGAGGCCACAUCGCUGCUCGCAGUGUGGGAAGAGUUUUAUUCAAAAGGCUGAACUUCAAUUACACCAGCGCAUCCACACAGGAGAGAAGCCAUAUCAAUGCUCAGAGUGUGGCAAGAGUUUCUCUCACAAGGAUUAUCUCAAACAACACUAUCACAUUCACACAGGUGAGAAGCCAUAUCUGUGCUCACAGUGUGGGAAGAGUUUUAUUCAGAAGAGUGCUCUACAGCAACACGAGCGCAUUCACACAGGAGAGAAGCCGUAUCACUGCUCGGAGUGUGAAAAGAGUUUUACUGACCCGAGAAAUCUUAAACAACACCAGCGUAUCCACACAGGAGAGAAGCCACAUCACUGCUCACAGUGUGGGAAGAAUUUUAUUCAAAAGAUUGAACUUCAGUUACACGAGCGCGUCCACACAGGAGAGAAGCCGUAUAAAUGCUCACAGUGUGGGAAGGGUUUUAAGCGAAAGGAUCAUCUCCUACAACACCAGAGCAUUCACACAGGAGAGAAGCCAUUUCACUGCUCACACUGUGGAAAGAGUUUUACUCAAAGGGGUGCACUUCAACAGCAUGAGCGCAUUCACACAGGAGAGAGGCCACAUCACUGCUCUCAGUGUGGGAAGGGUUUUAUCCAAAAGAUUGAACUUCAGUUACACCAGCGCAUCCACACAGUAGAGACGCCAUCUCCUACAACACCAGAGCUUUCACAUAGUAGAGAAGCUGUAUCACUGUUCACAGUGAAGGAAGAGUUUUACUGACCCCAAUAGUUUCUGAAGGCAUCAGAGCAUUCACACAGAAGCCUACUUAAAAUAUAAUUUCUCACAGGACCAGGCUUGUGUGAUAUAACAAUUUAAUCUACACAGUCUUUACACAAUAUUACACUUCCCUCAUAUCUAGUGGUGUUUAUUCUGAUUAUUCUGUAUUACCAUACCUACCAACCUUUACACUUAGAAAUGUGAAAUUUAGCAAGAAAAAACAAAAACAGAACUUUCAGUUUUUGGCAGAAGUUAACAAAGGCCGAAAUGUUUGAUCUUAAUAGUUUUAAUAGGCCUACAACAAAGUGUCAAAUCUUGACACUUAACUGACAAUUUAUGUUAAUGUUUAUAAUUAGAAUGUGACUAGAUAUGCUUUUUUGCUCUUUUACACAAUCAAUACUCACACUGGGCCUCAUUUAUCAAGCUGGAUAUGAAUAGAUUCAUUCAAAAUUUGUGUAUAGGAGCAUUUACACAAUUUGGUAUUAAUGGAAGACCUGAAAGUUCUGCAGAAUGUUUAUAUCCUACUCAUGCUUGUGUGUGUGUGUGUGUGUGUGUGUGUGUUUGUGUGUAAAUAUAUGCAUAAAACAUGAACUAAUGUAAACAUCAUUUGUUCAGGUUUGUUCAAAAAAUCUAAUUUGCUAUGAGUUACUGCGAUUUUAUAAAUGUCUUACACUGUCACUUUUACACCUACAGUAUAAGAUUAAAUAGUGUUUUGUUUUGUUUUUACAUUUACCCAUACCAAAUUAACAUUUUGUGAAGCUUAGUCUUUUCAUAUUAAUGUUAUUACUGAGUUUUAUAAAAAUCAAGAAAGCAAUCCAGUGUGCAGUGCUGUGCAAGUCAUAGGCAGUCAUUAAGAGCAGCUGUAAAGCAAGAAAGUCUUCAGAAUAAUAGAUAAAUAAUAAAAAAGUAAGCACUAAAUGGUUCUACAUUUUUAAAACAAUUAUAAAGAGCAGUGAACAGUAGCAAACUAAAGGUGAAUAUUUAGUGUGGCAACCUUAUGUUAUUAACCUUUUUAUAUAUAUAUAUAUAUAUAUAUAUAUAUAUAUAUAUAUAUAUAUAUAUAUAUAUAUAUAUAUAUAUAUAUAUAUAUAGUGUGUGUGUGUCUGUGUAUGUAUGUAUGUAUUUUUUUGUUAUCCUCUUGGCUAGUCUGUAUAUCUAAGCAUCUUGGGAAAUUUGCCACAUUUGAGUGACACUAGAUACUGUUUUUUCCAGGUAAAACCUGACAGCAUUUAUUUAUGGGUUUUGAAAGUGACUGUAAUAUGUAAUAUACGUAAUAUGUUACUUUCUUUAUUAACAUACAUCUUUCUGUAACAUUAAAUUAUUAUGUUGGAAAACUAA